AUGAAGAGGACUUGGCCCAAAGUGACUGGCUCGAAGACAGAGGAAUGGGGCCGUGAGCCAAGAACUGUGGAUGACCUCUGGAAGCUGGAGAAUGCAAAUGAUGAAAUUGAAACCCCCAAGACAUCACAUUCUUUGUGCAAGACCCAAGGUCCUGAAGACUACUUUGAGGUCAACAUUUCAAAAGACCUAAGAGUGAAACAUUCUGCAGAAAUAAGUGAGAGAAAGGAAACUGAAGAUUUAUCAGAAGCGUCAAGAAGCACCAUACCACUGGCAAUGGUACUUCCUGCUGAAAUUCCAUGUGAGAAUCCUGGUGAAAUAUUCAUUAUUUUGAGAGAUGAAGUAAUUGGUGAUAUUGUGGAGGUUGAAUUUACAUCAAAUAAUAAGCACAUUAGAACACGACCAGCCCUUUGGAGUAAGAAAGUCUGGUGUAUGAAAGCUUUAGAUUUUCCUGCUGGCUCAGUCAAAGUCGACAUCUACUGUGAUGGAGUCAUUAAGGCCACAACAGAGAUUAAAUACCAUGCAACAGUGAAAGCAAUGGAAUGCCUAUUCAGAAUGGCAGAUCCAAGAGAGGGUUUGUGCCAGAAUGACAUGGAAGAACUUGAUGACAUUUUUACAUCCGUAUUCAAAUAUGAGAUACCAUAUUAUGAGUUUCAAUCUCUUCAAACUAAAAUCUACCCUCAAAAAGAAUAUGCUCAUUUCAAAGAACUUCCGACUCUUCUCCACUGUACAGCAAAAUUUGGCUUAAAGAAACUGGCUAUUCAUUUGCUUCAAUAUAAGGAAACUGAAGCACAGAGUGGUUUAGUGACUGCCCGAGGUCAUAUAGUUGAGGCCACAAUGGACAACAACAGGGAGGAGCAAAAGGAGACGAUGGCUGUAACCAUCGCAGGAGAAACUCCUGAUCCUCCUGGUGGAAAUGAAGGGAAAGCAUGA